UGACCCGCCUGUUCCUUCAGCGUUCAAUAUAUUCUGACAAGGAUAAGGGUCAGCUUUAUAUACUCGGUUGUACCGGACAUUAAAGUCAUUUUGUCAUGUUACAUUUGAGCACACAGCCCUGCCAGAAUCUUGAUGUUCUACAACUACAUCAGUAGUCAUCUUGAAAUAUUCGUCCAACACAACCUCCGGAAAAUGUUCUUGGUUAUAACACCCCCAAAACGAGAUCUUAGCACGCGAGAGGAAACAUCCAUACCGCUACGAAAGCGAAGGGGAUUACCAAAAGUUCACUCGGGUUGUACAACAUGCAAAGCUCGACGAAUCAAAUGCGACGAAGGAAAGCCAGAGUGUAAUCGCUGCAAAAUAUUUUAUAAAGGCACUUCUCAAAAGUGUGGAUAUUUAACACGUGAAAUUUCAAGAUCUAGAGUCGCAACCAGGAGAACAAUCCUACCAAAGGAGGUCGUGAAUAAUAUUGGGCAAUCAAUUCUCAGUCAUGGCUCCAUAAAUAACAUGUCCGAUAUCAAGUUCGAAAGCCCAAGACACUUUCAAUACUUUCGGUUCUUCUGUAGUGAUGUUACGACUCAAGUUUUCGGUGGAUUCUAUUCUGAACUAUGGAGCAGUGUUAUCCUUCAAGCAUGCCAUCAGGAGCCAUGUAUUAUCCAAGCCGUCUGUGCGAUAGGGGCUCUCAGUAGGGUCAUGAAAGCACGCAAGCAGGGUCAGCUUAUGGCAAUGAAUGAUGAUUAUAGAUUUGCCGUACUGGAAUAUGGUAAAGCUCUUGAAGGGAUCAAAAAGCUCGUACCUAUCCGGAUGACUUUACUUGCCACAUUGCUCAUAUUCUCUUUUGAGAACUUUCACGGAAAUCAAAUGGCGGCGAUAACUCAGAUUCAAAGCGCUGCGAGUUUACUUCAAGCAUGGAUGAAAGAUCGUGAAAAGCGUCAGAUAACGGAUCGAACAAUGUCACCUGCCCCAAAUAUCAUUGAAGACAUCAUUUUUGCCACGUUUCAUAGCACGCAUAUUGGGUUAGUUUCUGCCAUCGAUCCUACCAUAGCACAAGCACAAGAUAUCAUACAUGGGACUCAAAUGUAUAUUCCCAGCCCAAUUCCGACAAGUUUUACAAACAUCGAUGAUGCAGGUGCAAAUUUCACGGCAAUAUGCAAGCAGGUUAUCAGCUUUCUCAUGAGCACAGUGACACUUAUCCGAGAAGGAGGAGAGCCCACGGAAGAAGAAAUAUCAGAUUCGGCAAUAUGGAAUCAUCGAAUGCUCGAUUGGUCUCCAGCAGCGGUUGAAUUCAAGGAAAUCCUAAACAGACUUGAUCAAUGGCAUGUUGCUUUUCAGCCGAUGGCCACGCGCGCCAGAGAAGAAGAUGCCGACAUUAUGAGUAUUCGUAUGUUAAGAGCACACUGGUUGACAACACGCAAUAGCUUUCAUUCGGCUUUCUUUCCACAUACCCCUGCUCAUACCUAUCAAUCCAGUUUUGAAGAGGUCGUGGGAAUUUGCAGAACAGUUGCUGCCCACCCAAAUUUUGAGAAGGGAUUUGUAUUUCAUGCUGGAAUUAUACCAUCACUUAUGGCAGCGGCGAUGUUCGGGGUUAUUUCUACCAGGAAGAAGGCCAUAAAAGUGUUACUAGAUAUCGUACCUAGGAGAGAAGGUAAUUGGGAUGCUGCAAUAUGUGCCAGAAAUGCUAUUGCUGCUCUGAAAAUGGAAUAUGAGAAAUCGAAACAGGCUGCUGGGAAAUGAUUGCAGUCGUGGAGGAUAUGUAGAGCACAAUUUCAGGAAAUGCUAAGUCAGUGAGAGCAUUGGGCCCUCCGUUCUGCAACAUAUCUAAAAAGAGGAUGCAUACAGUAUCGAGAUGAUAGGUAUGUUGGCGGAAUUGUUGCGACCGGAACGACCCAAUAUCUCUCGUACAGGUAAAGAUGGGACAUAUUCCGCGUCGUUGGUUCUCGGAAACCUUUUCAUCAGCAGCACAUUGGGUUGUUUGAAGCUAAGGGAUUUUGGUUGUUCUGUAUUUAUGAUCUGCUCGCGGACCGGAAAGGGGCUUUUAGUGAUUAAUGUUGUGGAUUUAUUAUCACAUGCAAUAUGCAGCAAGUGUUUGAUGUUUUUCUAAGCAGCCAGUUCGAGAUACAUGUACUGAAUAUUACUUCGGCAGUUUACCUGUAAACAAUUGAACACUAGUCACUGUUCAAUUGAAUCAGCGUAUGAACAUUAAUUUGUUAUAUUUCUUAUUUAUUCCUUUUCAAUUCUAUUUUUUUUCUAUCUAUUUCAAAUCUUGUUUUCACUAUUUUUCCAGUGCUGUUGCAGUUAUCCGAAAUACAAUAGACAUCUGAUAGUAUUCAAAUAAAUAUAUCAGACCACCCCGGAAUAGCGAGAUCCUUCCCCGGGCCA